GCGGGACAGCGAAUUUGGAAGCUCUUUCGUGAAGCGAGAUGAUUGCAAUUGGUGUCGUUUUGUUGAUAUCUUUGUCACUCUUCGUCUUUGCAUCGGUUUCGUUCAUUUCUAAAUAUUCAUCUGUAGCUGUCUUAAGGUUACUACCAGUGGGACGCAAACCGAGCAUUUUAUUUGGAAACGCUCUGCACUUGAGAGGAGAAGCUGACGGUAUGUACAAUAAUUGAGAUAAUUGUUGAAUCAAUCAACAAUGUAAAUAAUUUCAAGGCUGCUGCCUAAGAAAAAUUUUAGGGAGCCCUUCGGGCUCCUAAAGUUUAAAGUUAGGAGCCCGAGCCACAUUGUUAGGAGCCCAGUUUGAAAUCCAUGUAUUGUUUUUCCAAGAUCAUUACAUAGGUUAUAGAGGUUCUUGCACACUUUAAUAAGAAUUCGCUGGGCCUAAUAAAUAACACGUAAACAAGAAUUAACCGAAUUAUUUACUUUCAUUUAUUAAUUUAUUCGAUUAACUUCCACAUCUGUUGUGUUCAAUGUGACCUAGAAGAGCCUUCAAAGAAUUUUCUAAAAUGUAACAAUUAAACUGCUUCUUACCUUUCUUAUACACAUUCAUGAGCCGGAAAAAUAUUUGAGGGGCUUAAUUUGCGUGUAAAAGGAAUUUUCACAAUUUUCACAAUAAAAGAAUAACAUAACAGUAGGUAAUUUGCAAACUGGUACAUGAAAUCGAACAUCAAGCACGUCCAGUCGAUAGCACGCAAGAUAGCUUCCCAUUCUCGCCACAAAAAAGUUAUCAAAUCGACGAAAACCCAAGCAAACGAUGAACUGCACGAAUGUCAACAUAGGCAACAAACAGCCCAUAAUUUUGCUAUUCCAUAUUUGGAAGUCAAAUCUCAGACCCAGUCUUCAACUGCCAUCCGGACUCGGAAACGAUGGCUUCGUUCGUUUCGACAAAGCUUCACAGUUGAACACGUUAGGUUUACAUAAUUUACGGUUUAUUUGUGGAAAUUUUAUACUGCCUAAUCGCAUCAUCGCUAACCAUAUCAACAGUUCCACUGUUUAAAGUCCUACUCCAGCUAAAGGAAUAUAAUGUACAAGGAGGUUAAGUCUAAUGCCGUGUGUUAAGUCAGGCGCCCGCGCGGGCUCCUUGUACCGAAAUUUGGUCGCCCAUGCUCUUACCUUGGGCGCCUCUGGCGACCGGGCGCCCGUUAGGCAGCAGCCUUGAAUUUAGACCAAUGAAGUAAAAAGUGGGGACCAAAAUGCGUUUCGUAGGCAUCGAUCAAAGAAUGAACAAGUGAUUUUCGGUUAGGGAGUAACUGCAGAAUACCCUGCCACUUCGAAGCUGUAUCCCUCAAAGAGCUGGAUACGGUACAUACAUGCAAACUCUCCCGGAUACGACAACAAAUCUCCCGGAUAAAAUCGAGUUAUGAGCUUUUCUGUGCUUUAAUUUGAAAUUUAUUCCAUUUUCUCCCAAAAUUCGAAUUUUCUUUGAUUCAAAGUUCGGUUUCUGGGGUAAUUUCGCACGUAUUUCAUCACUGACAAAGAUCAGUUUCGCCAUUACAAUCGUAAAAGCUAAUUGUGAUAGUCUGUUGUAAGACUUCAUAUAACGUCCUAAGCCGAUUAGGGACUAGAUCAAAUUGUGCUUAUUGGGGGCUCGGGGUCAGGGGGGUUGAUGGUUGGUAUUGGGGGGGGGGUAAUGCAAAAGAAAGAGUCUCCAGAUUUUAGAUUUCCAGAGGUUGGCAUCUCUGGAUACGUGGAUACGCAGUUACCUCUUUUAUGCGCUUUUCUAAUCUCGUACCCAGAUCUCACUCUGUUUUCUGUUUCACUCUGUCUUGGCCGUGGGAGAUCUGGGUACGAGAUUAGCGCUUUUCUACCUUCAGUGGCUUUAAAACCAGCACAUAAACAUAUUGUAUGCUUUUUAUGCUGUCUUAAGUGUAUAUUGAAGCGGAUACGCGUAUUUACCAAGUGGAUAAGCGGAUACGUACUGGCAUUAAGUGGAUACGCGGAUACGUAGUGACCCAGGGUAGUGACUGAGUAUCCGCGUAUCAGCGUAUCCAACUUUUUUUGAGUGUUGCUUUAGGGUAUUCUAAAUUUUUAGCUGUUGAACGAAUACCCUGCGAACAGAGUUUUCUUUGAUCGUCCUAGAUACAAGUCGGGAAGAGGAAGGAACCUCUGCCAACAUGCUUUACAAUUCAUAUUGAGCUAGCCUGUUCCAGGCGUUCGGAUAGUGGAGUGUGGGGCGAAGGAAGAGAGCGACAAAAACAUAAGGAGGAAAAGAGGGAGAGGGAGAUAGGAGAGAACGUUAAAAAGUCUUACAGCCCUACCCCACCCCCUCGUUGUGUUUUUUUGUGCUCGCAUCUCUCACAUCGCUGUCCCCACGACCUGAACACCUGGCUAAUAUUGAGCAUGCUCCAAAUUCAAAAUUAUGCAAUCGUGCCUCCCGACCUCCCUUUCAAACAAACGACCACGCGACUUCUCAAAGUUUUUUUUCUGAAAAACUAAGGUGCAAAUAAGC